GACUUCAAAUAAGUUUCGCAAAAUAACACCUGUAGCAUAUGAGAAAGCACGAAAAAAAAAAACUUUAGAGUAUUAUGGUGACCCAAAAAUUGGACAAGAAGUUUGUUUUAGCCACUAUUUGGACAUUGUAGAACCUGACCGCCAUUCAAAAAAAACCCCACUUAAUAAAAUAAAACAAAAAAAUAUUGAAAAAGAAGAACAAGAGAAAAAAUUGGAGGAUCCAAGUCAAGAAGAAGACAAUGAUGACAAUAUAACAAAAGUAAAGACAGAAAAAG